AUGCGCAACCAGACAGCAGGGACUACAUUCCUUCUGUGGGGCUUUUCCAGUUUCCCAGACUUGAAAGGUCUCCUCUUUGUGGUGGUUUUCUUCUCCCAUGUGACCAUCCUGGUGGCCAAUGGGUCCAUAAUGGUGGCCAUCACGCUCAGUCGCAACCUUCACACUCCCAUGUACUUUUUCCUCUGUGGCCUAUCCUUGUCCGAAACGUGUGCCACUGUGGUCAUCAUCCCUCGGAUGCUAGUGGAUUUGGUAUCCGAGAGCAGCAUUAUUUCUCUUCCUGAAUGUGCUACACAAAUGCUCUGCUUUUUGUGCUUAGCAGCCAACAACUGCUUCAUCAUGGCUGCCAUGUCCUAUGACCGUUACACUGCCAUCCACAACCCACUGAACUACCACAUGCUGAUGACUGGCAAAAUCUGCUGUCAGUUGAUGACAGCCUCUCUUGUGACUGGGUUCUUGAUUUCUCUAGGCAUUGUUCUCACUGCAUUCAACUUGCCAUUUUGUGGCUCCAAAAUAAUACAUCACUUCUUCUGUGACAUCUCCCCUGUGGUCUUGCUUGCUUGUGGUUACACGUUUUUCCAUGAGAUGGUUAUUUUUGUGCUAUCUGCCUUGGUGCUGGUGGGCAGCUUUAUUCUGAUUAUGGUUUCCUAUGUCUUCAUUGUGUCUGUGGUUGUAAAGAUGCCUUCCGCAAAGGGACGGUAUAAGGCCUUCUCAACUUGCUCCUCCCACCUCACGGUGGUGUGCAUUCACUAUGGAUUUGCUUGUUCUGUCUAUCUGAAACCCAAGAACAGUGCAUCAUUUCAUGAAGAUAUGCUGAUGGCUGUGACUUAUACAGUGCUGACACCUCUGCUUAACCCCAUUGUUUAUAGUCUAAGAAACAGAGAAAUGCAGACAUCCCUCUGGAAGUUAAUCAACAGGGCAAACAAAUAG